AUUAAUCCAUGGUUGAUUUAGUAAUGGUGGUAGCACCCAACACGCUAUUUCUAUUUUUCCCUGCAAAUUCUCAACUUCCGUUGCUUUCCGUAGCUAUCACCGGCAUUUUCAGAACCUCCAACGCCGUGCUUUCAACUUUCAAUUCAAACUCCCAAUCAAUUACGGUUACUUUUAAUUUUUAUCGAUUUAAUGCGAUUGGAUUAGGGUAAUUAGAUCUCAAGAAUAUUCUCAAAAUCUCGGCACAUUCCCUACUUUCCAACCGAAUAUUCUUCAAUUUUUGCAUUUGGCGGUACCUUAAUCAAGUUUUGUAAGUCGGUGUCCCACACAACACAGCAUCAUGUGUAUCGUUUAACGUAUUACGUACGAGGUUCAGCAGAUCUCUGAUUAAGAAAUUUUCCCCUUCCGCAAAUUCAUGUCAGGAAAUUCCGUUGCUGCAAUUUUUGUCCGAAUUUAGAAAACAAUACAAUACGUAUUAUAUGGGUUGGGGAAAGAAUUACCGAAUGAUUGUGUUAUAAUUGGAUCAACGUUUGUAUGAGUUUCGCCAUCUUAAAUUUUCGCAGUCAGAAAAAACAAGAUUAGUGUUGUAAUUGGGUUUCAGCAAGAUUAGUUUUUUUGAAGGAUAGUUGUGGGUUUGAUAUAAAAUAUUAGCAUGCAAGCAGUGGGGAGGCUUGGCAGCUAUAUCAGCCGCGGCGUGUACACCGUUUCAGGGCCGUUUCUUCCAUUUGGUGGGGCGGUGGACAUUGUUGUGGUUCAGCAGAAAGACGGGAGCUUCAAAUCCUCUCCUUGGUAUGUUAGGUUUGGGAAAUUCCACAUGGAUUCGAAGGAGAAGGAGAAGGUGAAGGUUCAUGUCAGUGUCAACGGUGUAGAGCCUGAUUUCCAUUUGUAUUUGAACCUCAAAGGGGAAGUUGUUUUCCGCCAUGGAGACACACAAGAAGAACAAGAAGGGGAAUCAAUAGUUGAGGGUGAAAGUGAAAGUACGAGUGACAGUAAUGGUAUCAUGCCACAGGGUGGUAAUAGGCAUUUCAAGUCCAUAAGUUGGAACUUUGAUUCUGUGGACAAUUCAAAUGCACAGGCUAAGGCUGUUGGUAGAACCAGGUCUCGCCGCUCCCGAAUUCUUGGGCUUGUGUCAAGAUCUUUGAGGGGAGGAGAGCGUGAAGAUGGUGAUGUGAAUGGGUUGGAUUCCGUGGAGCGUGCUGAGAUUGCAGCCAACUUGUUGGAGCUGAAGUGGUCCACCAAUCUCAGUUUUGAUCAUCGACUGCCUCGUAAAGACAGGAAAAAGACUAGGGUUGAUGCCUUGAACAAUGGUUUAUUACCUUUACCAUCAUGUAACAUGAAGGAGGAAUCUUAUUCUUGCAGUGAGCAAGAUGAUACUAGAUCAAAGCCUGUGUUCAAUGAGGUGUGCCUUGCAAGUGCAGGAUGUGGAGAAGUUCGUGUCACUGCUGAGGAGGUCUUGCAACCUGCAACUCUAGUUCUACCUGAGGUUAAAGAAAGUGAGGAAGUCACUAAGGAUUUUGAGAUUGGGAGAACACCAAUGGAGGCCUCUGUGUUACAGUCUCAGCAAAGAGAAUGUUCCCAUUCUGGUAUGUGUGCUACCGGCAAUGUUGGAGACAAACCACAGUUUCGAAAAUCUCAUACUGUCAAUAUUGGUCGAAGAGAUUGCUCGAUUAAAAAUGUUAGAGAGAAUACUCCAACCUCUGAACAACUUGAAUCCUUGAAUCUGAAGGAAGGGAGGAACACAAUAACCUUCAGUUUCUCCACAGCUAUGGGGAACCAGCAAGUUGAUGCUCAUAUAUAUUUGUGGAAAUGGAAUACUCGUAUAGUGAUAUCAGAUGUAGAUGGGACAAUUACAAGAUCAGAUGUUCUAGGUCAAUUCAUGCCAUUAGUAGGAAUCGACUGGUCGCAAACAGGCGUUGCUCAUUUAUUCUCAGAUAUCAAGGAAAAUGGCUACCAGCUACUUUUUCUCAGUGCUCGUGCAAUAUCUCAGGCCUAUCACACCAGACAAUUUCUUUGCAACCUUAAGCAGGAUGGGAAAGUUUUACCAGAUGGUCCUGUUGUUAUUUCCCCUGAUGGACUUUUUCCUUCUCUAUAUCGAGAAGUUAUCCGGAGGGCUCCUCACGAGUUCAAAAUUGCAUGUUUAGAGGACAUUAAGGCACUUUUUCCUCCAGAUUGCAAUCCAUUCUAUGCUGGUUUUGGAAAUAGGGAUACUGAUGAAGUCAGCUACCUUAAGGUUGGAAUCCCAAAAGGAAAAGUUUUCAUCAUUAAUCCAAGGUUUUUUCAGGGAGAGAUUGUUGUAAAUAGUCGUUGUUUUGACACACAUUCAUACACCUCUCUUCAUUCUCUUGUGAAUGGAAUGUUCCCCCCUACAAACUCAUCUGAACAGGAAGAUUUUAAUUCAUGGAAUUACUGGAAAUUACCUGAGACCUCUUCUGCUAUAAAUUAAAGAUCUUUUGGCAUUUAUCUUGUUCUGGUGUAGAUAGUUGCAGGACUGCAGACUGUGCUGCUCCAAGAAUUUCAUAGGUAAAAGUUUAAGCAUGUUUGGACUUGAGCAGAAUUUUUAAUUUGAGUGAUGCACUUGCCAUCCUUCCUAUAGUUAUUAUCUUGAGUUCUUUCUUUCAUUAAUCAGAUUUCUGAAGCUGUUUAGGGAGAUUUCUUUAAGCUUAUCUUCAAAAUAAUUGGCUUGGUAUUUCUGUUUGGAUUGCUGUGACUAUUGUUCAAUAUGAAAUGCCACAAAUUUAGAAGUUAGGCCUUUAAAAACGAUUCAACUCUCAAUGUUUGUAUGAAAUAUGUUUCAAUUGGAUCUUAAUGUUGCUUGUAUAAGUGAUGUGAAUUAGCUAAGCCUGAUGAAAUCAGCAUCAUUCUGUGGAAUUCGUUGGACAGAGGAUUUAUGAGAGCACAGAAUACAAUUUCCAGCUUCAGAAUUACAACUUCGGCUCAAAGGUGUAACAUCAGACAGAUAACACUGUUUUCUUCGUUGUACAGUUUGUUGUAGUGAUUAUUUACUUGAUUCGAUUGUCAUGGACAUGGCAAUAAUAAUAUGAUGAAAAUCACAUCAAUUUAACAUUGUUGGCUUCUCAUACUCAAUGAGUGGCUUCACCUUGUAUGUAUGUAAUAUUAAUAGGUUCUGUCUUCAGAUUCAUUUUCUCAACUUGUAAACAAUUGAACACAUGCUCAUGUAGAAGUUCAAAAAAGGAACUGAGUUGUAUGCUAUUAAGGAUUGAUGACUA